AUGACGAGCUCACAACGCAAGCAAAACAGAAGGGACUGCUCACAGGCAUGGAUAUCGGUGGCGCUCAAUAGUGAGCGCCCUUUUCCGUACUAUGCUGUUGCAGCAUUGUACGCGGCACCCUUCGUGAGGAGCAGUUUUGAGCUGGACGUUUUCUCAGCAUUCAUGCUACUUCUCGGAGCGCUCCACAUUCAGGUGGAGCGUGUGGCUCAGACAGAGCCUCACGCCUUCGAUCGCAAGGAUCAAGACAGCAGCAGCUCGGGACUGUCUGAGGUCGCCUCAGCAUUCAGGAAUUCGGUGUCAAACCUGCGAUUCUUGGCUGGAUCUCGCCUGCAAAGAGCUGGGGAGGCAGUGGGCCGAACUGAGUCGAAGUCUCUGAAGGAGGCGAUCGAAGAAAAGGUAGCAGAGCAGAAAGCAGAAUUGAGAGAUCUGGCAGAGACAACGGAGGUGGAGCUGGAACUCUUUGAUGAGAGGCUGAAAAACCGAGAAGACAGGAGGAAGUGA